GUGCUCAUCACACAUGAUCAUUCCCCGACGUGUCUGCCAGAUCCGCCCGGGACGCGUGAUACUCUCUGGCAUUCAACCGACUGGUAUCCCUCAUCUAGGGAACUACCUAGGCGCACUGUCCAACUGGGUCAAGCUUCAAAAAUCUGCCGAGCCUGAGGACAAACUGCUGUUUUCGAUUGUGGGAUGGCAUGCGUUGACCCUUCCACAGGAUCCUGCUUCCCUACUGGCUGCAAGGAAUGAUAUGCUGGCUGUUUUACUUGCCAUAGGCAUCGACCCUAACCGGUCGAUACUGUUUCACCAGGACCAUAAUCCUCACCAUACCGAACUCUCCUGGAUAUUAAGCUGCAUAGCGCCCAUGGGGAAACUGCGCCGGAUGACGACUUGGAAGUCAAGAUUAGCUGCGGCGCGAAAUUCUAGCUCAGAGGAUGAAGUGGAUGAGUCGAUGCUUAACGCCGGUCUAUUCAUGUAUCCUGUGCUACAAGCCGCGGACGUACUUGUUUACAAAGCCACCCACGUUCCUGUUGGCGACGAUCAACAGCAACAUAUAGAACUUACGAGAGAUCUUGCCGAUAUCUUCAACCGAACAUUCAAAGGAACGUCUCCCUUGUUUCCCCUUCCGACUUAUGUCAACACUCCAUCGAAACGGAUUUUAUCACUCAAAGACCCAACGUCCAAGAUGUCGAAAUCUUCGCCCGACGUCCAGUCUCGCAUCUUGCUCACCGAUAUCGCUUCGCAGAUCCAAUCGAAAAUUCGGGCUGCUGUCACGGACUCGAUUCAGGGCAUUACUUACGAUCCUCAAGGUCGCCCGGGUACCUCAAAUCUACUUACUAUCCUCGCUGCUUGCACAGACAGCGAUGUCACCCAGGUCGCCAAAGCCUAUGAAAGCCAAGGUCACGGAACGUUGAAACGCGAUGUCGCAGAGGCUGUCGAGGAAUUCCUGAAAGGGCCCCGGGCGCAGUUUAAUCGUAUUCGUCAUGAAACGACAUAUCUUGAGGAGGUAGCGCGUCGCGGUGCUAUUCGCGCUAUUGAACACUCCGAGGUGACGAUGAUGGAAGUCAAAACACGCCUAGGUCUAGCAUAGAAAAUGAUGACCAUGUCUCGUCUGAUUUUUAGUUUGUCAGCAAGUCCACGGAGAAUGCAGUACUAGCCGCCGGCAGUGAAUCGGAAGUAGUAUGAUCGCGCUCGAUCACUAAAGGAUUAAUGGCAUCAAGGAGAACUUGUUUUUACGAGCGCUAAGUGCAUCGUGGAAGCGGUCAUACGGUGACCCCCGGAAUUCAGCCUCGGUGUAGUCUCCGGUUGUUAGCAUUAGCGUAACUCUCCUGUAAUAGUGAGACUUGGUCUCGCUUUGGCCAUAGCACUGCCAUCCCACCCUGAAAGUACUUGCCGCGGUUGACCGAGUCCGAGCCCGAGUGGUUGUCCGUUUGAGGUCAAGCUCCCGCAACUCCUAUCGCGAGGAGUAUCAAGCUUGCUACAAGCUUCCAGGGC